AUGGGACCCGCCCCUUGGGGAGGGGGCGGGGUUUCUGCCUGGCAGAGGUGGGAGCGCUUGCAGUCUUAGGGGAAUAGGUUUCCUGUUCCGGUUCUCGGGCUCUGGUUAGUCACGUGGAAGUGUGAUCACCUAGAUAGUUUGCGCCUUCCGUUAACCAAAGCAUCUUCCCUUUGGUGAUACAAGCGCAGAUUUCGGCCGGUGACUCUGCCAUGCCGAACUUGCGGCCCAGGCCCCGCCGGGGUGCCGGACGGGGCGCCAGGGCAGCCGGGCGGGGCGCCGGGGCAGCCGGGCGGGACGAGCUGGUGUCGCGGUCCUUGCAGAGCGCAGAGCACUGCCUGGGCGCCCAGGACUUCGGCACCGCCUAUGCCCACUACCUCCUCGUGCUCAGCCUGGCGCCGGAGCUGAAAGACGAUGUGAAGGAAACUUUUCAGUAUACGCUCUUCAGAUGGGCUGAAGAACUUGAUGCACUCAGUCGAACACAAGACCUACUUGGUUGCUAUGAGCAAGCCUUGGAACUGUUUCCUGAUGAUGAAGUGAUUUGCAAUAGUAUGGGGGAGCAUCUCUUCAGAAUGGGCUUUAGAGAUGAAGCAGCCGGGUAUUUUCGUAAAGCAAUGAAGCUAAACCCGGAUUUCAGUGACGCAAAGGAGAAUUUUUAUCGUGUUGCAAACUGGUUGGUGGAACGCUGGCACUUUAUCAUGCUUAAUGACACCAGAAGGAAUACGAUUUAUAACGCAGCAAUCCAAAAGGCGGUUUGUUUGGGCUCCAAAAGUGUUUUGGACAUUGGAGCAGGAACUGGAAUACUAAGCAUGUUUGCUAAAAAAGCUGGAGCGCACUUGGUGUAUGCCUGUGAGUUAUCCAAGACCAUGUAUGAACUUGCCUGUGAUGUAGUGGCAGCAAACGAGAUGGAAGCAGGGAUCAAACUCUUACAUAUGAAGUCGCUUGACAUAGAAAUUCCAAAACACAUUCCUGAAAGAGUGUCCCUAGUUGUAACAGAAACUGUCGAUGCAGGUUUAUUUGGAGAAGGAAUUGUGGAGAGUUUGAUUCAUGCAUGGGAGCAUUUACUUUUGCAGCCAAAGACCAAAGGUGAAAAUGGUAAUUGUGAAAAAUAUGGGAAAGUUAUACCGGCAAGUGCUGUUAUAUUUGGGAUGGCAGUAGAAUGUGCAGAGAUAAGAAGACAUCAUAGGGUGGGUAUUAAGGACAUUGCUGGGAUCUGUUUGCCAGCCAGUGUGAAAUUUCAGAGUCCAGCUUAUUCUUCUGUAGAUGCGGAAGAAACAAUUGAACCUUAUACGACCGAAAAGAUGAGUCGAGUUCCUGGAGGAUAUUUGGCUUUGACAGAGUGCUUUGAAAUUAUGACAGUAGAUUUCAACAAUCUUCAGGAAUUAAAAAGUCUUGCAACUAAAAAACCUGAUAAAAUUGGUAUCCCUGUUAUUAAAGAAGGCAUACUCGAUGCUAUUGUGGUUUGGUUUGUACUCCAGCUUGAUGAUGAACACAGUUUAUCCACAAGUCCUAGUGAGGAAACAUGCUGGGAACAGGCUGUCUACCCCGUACAUGACCUUGCAGACUACUGGAUAAAGCCGGGGGACCAGGUGAUGAUGGAAGUGUCUUGUCAAGAUUGUUACUUAAGAAUCCAGAGUAUCAGUGUCUUCAAUUCGGAACAUGAAAUGGAUGUUGGGAGAAGUUUUACCAAGAAUAAAGACUUGCUGUCUUUAGGAAAUGAGGCUGAACUCUGUAGUGCCCUGGCCAAUCUUCAGACCAGUAAACCAGAUGCUGUGGCGCAGACUUGUGUAUUGGAAUCCACAGAAAUUGCUUUGCUUAAUAACAUCCCAUACCACGAAGGCUUUAAAAUGGCAAUGAAGAAAGUGUUGUCUUCACUGACUCUGGAGAAACUGGGUCAGGCCAUGGAUACUCAGUGUCAGAAUAACGAGAUGAGCUGUGAAAGCGGACAGAAUAAUUCUGAACAGAGCGUCCCUGAACCUUUGUAUGUGUUAGAUGUGUCCGAGGGCUUCUCUGUUCUGCCUGUAAUUGCUGGCACACUCGGGCAGGUUAAACCUUACAGUUCUGUGGAGAAAGACCAGCAUCGUAUGACUCUGGACCUCAUAUCUGAAGCCAAUCACUUUCCUAAAGAAACACUUGAGUUUUGGCUGAGACACGUGGAAGAUGAAUCUGCUGUGUUGCAAAGGCCAAAAUCAGACAAGCUGUGGAGUAUAAUUAUACUGGAUGUCAUUGAGCCAUCUGGGCUCAUUCAGCAGGAAAUAAUGGAAAAAGCGGCAAUAUCCAGGUGUUUGCUGCAGUCUGGAGGUAAGAUCUUUCCCCAGUACGUGCUGAUGUUUGGGUUGCUCGUGGAAUCGCAGACCCUGGUGGAGGAGAGCGCUGUGCAGGGAACAGAACGAACUCUUGGAUUUAAUGUAGCACCUUUUAUUAACCAGUUUCAGGUACCUAUACGUGUAUUUUUGGACCUAUCCUCACUGCCCUGUAUACCUUUAAGCAAACCAGUGGAACUCUUAAGACUAGACUUAAUGACGCCAUAUUUGAACACCUCUAACAGAGAAGUAAAGGUACGCAUUUGUAAAUCUGGACAAGUGACUGCCAUUCCCUUUUGGUAUCAUAUGUACCUUGACGAUGAGAUUAGGUUGGAUACUUCGAGUGAAGCCUCCCACUGGAAACAAGCUGCAGUUGUUUUAGAUAAUCCCAUCCAGGUGGAAAUCGGAGACGAACUUGUACUCAACGUCCAGCACCACAAAAGCAACGUCAGCAUCACAGUAAAGCAAUGAAGAGCAGUUUUCUACUGAAAAAAGGUGGAAGUAGAGCAGCAAGUACACAGUUCUAGUCUGAAUUAGUAGUGGGAUUGUAGUCAUAAAAUGGAGGUACAAAGAUUUAAGUCCUUGUAAUGGUCAAAUAUUUUUAAAAAAUUGACAUUAAUAAAGUGUAUUUAAAAAAGAUCCUAAAUUAAAGAAUAGCAUUAUUACAAAAAUAUUGCUGCAGACUUCCUUACUGGAAAAGGCUGUCAUUAAUUUUUCAAAUUAGGAAACUGUUUUUAUUGCUUGGUUUUACUUACUAUAGAUUAAAUUUUGCCAGACCUGUUAGUUUGUACUCUAAAGCUAUAAAUAUAAUGAAUUUUGAGUCUCAUAUUCAUUUUUUAGGCAUCUUGGCUAUUUUUCUCAAAUCCAAACUUAUAGUGGGGAAUACCUCAAAAAGCUGGCUUCCACUUUAGACUGAGGGUUUAUGGUUACCUGUAUAUUCCAAGCUUGCUUCUUGUAAACAGUGAAAUACUUCUGAACCUCCUUCUCAGUUUUUGUGUUUUGGGUAUGCAAACCUGAGUAAGAAUUUAAGCUCUAGACUAAAUGUAAUUAAAAGAGUAAAAGAGGGACAAAAUAAAAUCUUAGGAGGCAGCAUUUUUCGUGGUCUACCUUUGGCGAAGAAAAAAUUUAAAGCUGAUAAAUUAAGUUCAAGAAAGAGUUAAACCUAAACCAGUAUUUUUCAAAGUUUUGAUUUGGAUACACAGAAAGAAAAAAAUAAUUAGUCCAGAUUUUAAAGACUUGAAAUAGGGAGAUUAAUAAGGAAGAUUAUCAUGCCUUGUAUAUACUGUGUGCUCUCUGUAGGUAAGCCACACAGAAAAUAAGAUGUACCUUCUCUUCACACUGCCUAUUCUCCUUGCCUCUCAUAUUAUACUGCCCAACUUUAUUUUCAAUAGAAAUGUUUAGUUUAUAAUAAUGGACAGAAUAAAAACUUUGUAUCUAA